AUGGCGCUUGAGGAAAGCAAGUCAAUACCGUAUCAGCAAUAUGAAAUGGCCAGGGCAGAACUGGCUAAAGAACGUUUAGUGACCCCACAGGUCGCCUACGCUCAAACAGCGGAAUCACACGAUCGCAUUAAUCAAGUGCAGCAUCACAUUAACACGUUGGAAUCGCAGAAAAAGCAGUUGUGUGAUGAAAGAAACCAGAUGCAGGCUCGGAUCAAUCAGAUGCAGGCGUGGCUAGCUCAAAAAGCAAAACAGACGGCACUGCAAGCGCAGCGGGGUGCAACAGAGGGUGGAAACGACUUAGUUCCACCUGAUGUUCUCACCGUGACGCAUACUGCCACGAUGGGCUGGCACGCCGAACGGCCAUUGAAUUUGUUUGGGGCUCAACCCAGGUGGGGUUGCGACGAAUUCAAGAGCUGA